AUGUCUCAAUUGGAUGGAAAUUUUAUGAAAUUAGAUGAAGCGAUUAAUAGGUUUAGUACUGUUGCUAUGAGAUUUUCCAUUUCAGUGAAACGUGAAAAAUUUAAUGCAGGCUGUAGCACACAAGGUAAAAAUGCAAGCGACGCAUUAGCUGUACAAAACAAUAUAAGGGAACAGGCCUUAUUAGUAUUUUUGGAAGGGAUAUCCGAUAGAAUUAAAUUAAUGGUAAAAAGUAAACAUCCCUCCACAUUGGAACAGGCUAUUCAAAUUGCAAUUAUAGAAGACAAAAAUACAACCCCAAAUGAAGUAAAACAAAAGAGUAGUAACUUCCGAGAUAGAGGGGGCACCCAAAAGUUUAAUAAAGGUAAUUGUCAUGUAUGCGGUAUAAUACAUUCAGGUAUAAUAUCUACUAGAGAAUUAAGAAUGCAGCUGCGGGACAUACUAAUAAGUUUGCCCGGGCAAUUAAAAUUACCUUUUGAUGUAAAUUACAUAUCACUUUAUGAAUUAAGUAAGAUUUCAAAACUAGCUAUAGUAUAUAUGAAUGGAACUCUCGUAUUCGAGUUAGUGAUUCCAUUACUAAAUCCAGUAGAAUUAACAUUGUAUCACAUAAUACCAUUGCCGGUGCGUAAAGAUCAGCUCUAUAUGCACCUCACGCCCGAAUUCGAAUACAUGGCCAUAUCAAAAACACACGAGUACUAUUUAACGAUUUCCGUAACACAUUUAAUGAACUGUAGGGAAUUAGCGAGUGUAACAAUGUGUCCCGAAAAACAACCAUUACGUAUGGGGUCCGCGGGGUUACCAUGUGAAAUCGAAUUAUUUAUGAAAACCAACGAUAAUUCCAAGAACUUGCGCUAUAAAAUAUUUAGAAUUAUCACGUAGCAUCUACCAUAAGUUGAAAUAUCAUAAUAAGUGGAUUUAUAUAAUAAACACGUUGGACGAUGUAGCUGUCACCUGUGAUCAUUGGGAUAACGCUAAGAAUAUACAAUUAAGGGGCGUAGGUAUAAUAACAUUAAGUGAACAAUGCAGGGCGCACACACCAC